UAGUCCAUUUUUGAUUGUGUACAUCAUUAUAUUCGUUUAUUAUUUUAUUUACAACAGUAAAGAAACUGUGUUAAGAAAUUAGUGAAAGUUCGUUAUUUUUUUAACUUUCUUAUUAUUUAUAUUGUUUUUUAAUCAAACACAACAAUCUAUGGAUCUGAUAAGAAAUUCGAUUAAAAACUCAAGAUACAUGCAAUAUAUAGCAGCAAUCGCAGCUACUUCAACCUAUAUUAGCGUUGGUUUAUCAUUUACUUGGCCUUCACCCACUUUACCAAAACUACAAUCUGAAAAUUCUCCAAUUGGAUAUCCAAUAACAGACGAAGAAGGAUCUUGGUUAGUUUCAAUAACCUUAUUAUCCAGCAUUCCCGGAUGUAUUUUAGGAGGCUACACCAUCGAUAAACUCGGGCGAAAACCCAACAUUUUAAUGACAUCCACAAUAACAUCCCUUCACUUUUUCGCUAUUUCUUUUGGAAAUUCUUUUUGGCUACUUUUAUUAUCCCGAUUAAUCGGAGGAUUAAGUAUGUCAAUAGCCGGAUUGGCAUCGACAAUUUACAUCGGUGAAAUAGCCGAAAACGAUAUAAGAGGAAAAUUAUCCACUUAUUUAAUGUUGUUGAAAGUUUCUGGAAGUUUGAUGGGACUCGUAAUUGGACCGAACGUUUCGUAUCGAUUUUUGGGAAUUUUCUCGGGUUGUAUUCCGAUGAUAACAGUUUUAAUGUUUUGUUUCAUACCAGAAACGCCGUUUUUUCUUGUUAAAACUCACAAAGUUGAAGAAGCUAAAAAAUGUUUGAAACAACUUUCAGGAGAAAAUGUUUCUUGUGAAGAUAUCGAGGAAAAAUUAUGUAGCAUUCAAGAAAUCGUUCGAAAAGAUAUGGAAAAUAAAGGGUCGAUAAAAGAGUUAAUUGGAAAUGAAAAGUAUCGAUAUCCAAUAUUUUUGAUGAUGGGAAUUAAAAGUUUGCAACAAUUAUCUGGUUCUGUAGCCUUAGAAAGUUAUUUACAAAAAAUUAUUGAUUUAUCUAAAAGUGGGAUUAAAUCAGAAAUUGUUAGUAUUAUUAUUGGGUGUAUUCAACUUCCAACAGUAUUUAUUUCUAGCGUUCUCGUCGAUAAAUUGGGGAGAAAACCUCUUUUAAUCACUUCAGCAUUUGGCUGUUUCUUCGCUUUGUUCAUCACAGCAUCUUAUUUCCUUCAUAUAGAUAACAUAAAUAAUAUCGAAAAUUCAUUUUUUUGGGUUCCUACUGUUGGUUUAUCACUCUUUUGGGUUUUUUACCCAAUGGGAAUACUUCCGCUACCUUACGUUUUAAUCGGUGAAUUAUUUCCUGUUAACAUUAAAGAAAUCGCCGUUGCUUUUUUGUGCACUUACGGAGCAUGUAUUGGCUUUUUAACUGCAAAAUUAUUUAAACCUGUAAGUAAUUUACUUGGAAUUCAUACUGUUUUGUAUCUUUUUUCGGGAAUUUGCUUUUUUGGUGCUUGUUUUGUUUAUUGGUUUUUACCCGAAACUAAAGGAAAAGAUUUCCAGGAAAUUCAAAAUAAUGUUUGUAAAAGAGAUUUGAAUUGGUUUCGGAAAAAAUAAAGUAGUGUUUUUGUGUUA